AUGACGUCCGCAGUCGAACCUGCCCAGUCCAAUCGCUGGUUCGCCGUCCCUCGCCCUAUUAGAAAUCUCUUCAACCAUUUCCCCCUCCACGUCUACGGCCCUGAAGAGCUUCCCGUGCGAUCCCCCGCUACCGUGCGCCAACGACCUACACUAUACGUCUUCGUGGCAGACCAAGAUGCCUUGUUGGGAAAACCGAGCUACAACCCUUCAUGUUUGAAAUGGCAGACUGUGUUGAAGAUCGCGGGUAUCGAGUUUGACAUCGUACCCUCAAAUAACCACGCUUCACCCUCAGGCGCAUUACCUUUUCUGUUACCAUCUUCGUCGCAAUCAUCGAAACCUCUCACUGGCCAGAAGAUCCACAAAUAUGCUCGUGAACAUGCCGCUUAUACGUUCCCCAACAUCCCGUCGCCCCGCCUCGAAGCCUACCAAGCUCUUCUAACACAAAACAUCCGACCAGCCUGGUUAUACGCCAUUUACCUCCUUCCGGCCAAUGCCUCCCUCCUCAAGAGUCUCUACCUCCCAUCCUCGAUCCUCCUCCGGGCACCUCUCCACCAAACCCUCCACGCCGCCGCAACUGCUGAGAUUCUCAAGACGACACGUCGCGCAACUAUCACACCCUCUCAGCUUUUCACCGAUGCGACCAAUGCGCUGAAGGCUCUUUCCGCUCUACUAGGCGACGAUAAAUGGUUCUUCGGUGCCGAGGGGCCAGGCUUGUUCGAUGCGGAUGUAUUCGCAUACACAUAUUUGAUAGAUGGUGAUGCGCUUGCCUGGGAGGACAACUCACUGAGCGAGUGCUUGGAGGGUUUACAAAACUUGAGGAGGCACAGAGAACGCCUCUACAAGCGGUGUUGGGGAGUAGAAAAGUCCUAA